GUUUUCUCUCUUCACACCGACACCAGAGCCGUCGCUCAUCGUUUCGUAUCAGUUGCGCUGGUAGUGCUGAGUUGUACAGUAGAUUCUGUCACGUUCACGAUGACGAAGAUAAUUUAAUCGCAAAGCAGCAACACCAAAUGAAAUCUUCCGUAGGCUUAGAUUGCUCAGUAAUGAUUAAAAUAAGAUAAACUCAGUGCUACCCUGAGUUACAGAGGGAGAACAAAAGUGAAGAGUAGUUAUUUUUAGUGGUAGACGAAAUCACAAUGGACUUCCUGAAGCGAUGCCUGAUCAAACGGCCGACACCGGAAGAUUUGGCCGAUGGACUGGAGACAGCAGCGGAGUAUACAGCUCGAUGGAACUCUAUUCGGAUCAUCUACUACACGAUGUUCUUGAUCUCCCUCGGGUUUAGUAUUAUUUUGACCGGUGUUUGGCCCUAUCUGGACAAGCUAGAUCCCGACGCAGGUAAAGGGUUCAUGGGUUGGAUCGUUAGUGCCAACCCAGUGGGGCAGAUGAUCUUCAGUCCGCUAGUUGGUCUGUGGAGUAAUAAGCUAGGCUCAAUCCGAUUGCCACUAUUGUUUUCAUUAGCGUUAUUCUCGAUUGCCAGUGGAUUGUACUCUACCCUGGAGCUAUUCACAUCGCAUCAAAAGUAUUGGAUGCUGUAUUCACGCUUCUUGAUCGGAGUUAGUUCUUCCAGUAUUGCUGUGUGUCGAUCGUAUUUAUCGGCAGCUACUAAAUUAAAAGAGCGUACAGGAGCGGUAUCGAUGGUUUCCCUGGCACAGACCUUAGGGUUUAUAGUUGGACCUGCGCUACAGGGAGUAGUUACACCGCUCGGUGAUCGUGGAUACCCACUGUUGAAGAAUACUUUACAUCUCAACAUGUACACCGCUACCGGAUGGAUCAACGUGCUGAUGGGUAUCAUGAACUUUUGCCUCUUUCUACCAUGUAUAUUCAAAGAAAGACGUAUCGCUGCUAGAGAAGCAAUGGUUAAACAGGGCGUAGAAAGUGAGAAGGAAACCUGGAAAGCUAUCAAACCCGAUUAUGUAUCUGCGUGGUCAUUAAUUCUGGCCUUCUUCAUACUUGUGUUCAAUUUCGUGUUCUUAGAAACAUUAGCGACCCCACUUACCAUGGACAUGUUUGCGUGGACCAAAGCAGAAGCUUUGUAUUACAUGGCUUGGGUUAUGGCCGUGGGGGCGAUUGUGGCCAGUGCUACCUUCGUUCUCAUAGGACCAUUGUGUAAAAAGUUCCCCGAGCCUAGUGUUUUGCUCUGGGGAGGGUUCUUUCUGAUGGUUCUUGGUCGCGCAGUGUACAUACCGAUGGGUGAUAGUCCUCCAAAGCUGGCGAUUCUCAAAAACGAGACGUUAGCCCUGGAAAUGCAUGCUGAAUCGAGUAUUUAUAGUUCUAAUUUUACGGAGGUGUUUUCGAACCUAACACGCGUUGAUUUCGAGAUCAAUCCCGCUAGUGCAGAAGAUGCAUUGACAGAAACGGAUCUGUUGGGCUGUCCCCCUACCCAGGAGUGGUGUAAAACAACGAAGGGAAUGACAAUCACACAGUUUUUAGUGGGAUAUGCCUUCACGGCGGUCGGCUACCCUAUUGGAGUGACGCUGAUUACAACCAUCUUCUCGAAGAUUCUUGGACCAAGGCCACAGGGAACGUGGAUGGGACUUAUGACAGGGUCGGGGUGCUUGUCUCGAGCAAUGGGACCGGUGUUUUUGUCCACGAUUUACACCAAAUUGGGACUGUAUUGGACGUUUGGUUCUACGGCUGUUAUGAUGGCAGGGACCAUGUUAUGGUUGUGGUUCGUACGAGAACGAUUAACGCCAUCGAACUAUGAAAAUCCAAUGUCUGGCCAGGAGCUGCUUACUUUAAACAGAAAUAAGGAUCCAGAAAAGGCGGAUCCCACCGAAAUGGAGAAGUUAAACAGCAAUAGAAUGCACGGGGAUGGCAAAUCGUCUGCUGUCGACAAUCACAGUUGAGUCUGAUAUUUUAGAUUGUGUAAUAGUAAAUUUAAGUGUUUGAAAUAUUACUUAUAUGUAUGGAUUUACACUACAAUAUGCUCAAAUUGUAUGUAAGUCUACACGCUGAAUGUUAUUGACGACGAAACAGGUAACAUAAGAAAAUGUGAUACUUAUACGAGUAUUUCGGAGAAGUAAAUUAUUUUACAAUUUUGUACGUAAACUUACCUACCUGUUCAUAGAUGAAUGUACAAUUUUACUAUCGAAAUUUUUAAACUGCCCGCAAUACAGGGUUGAGUCGAAAGAUAGAAACGUUUGCUUUCUAAUUGUGGCUUUCCAAAUAUUUACGUGAAAAAGUGGAUAAUAAAUAGUUUUUGCGAAAUUCGA